AUGUCUCGAAGAACUAGAUCUCAAAUCAUCAACGAUGCCGAGAUCAGCUUGGCCCCACCUCUUUCAGCCCCUAAAAGAAAAAAAAGAAAACAAAAUAUAAAGCCCUCAACUACUCAAACUCCUGCUACUCCAGCCUCUAUUUCUUCUGCCAUUGAUUCUACUCAAACUCCUGCUACUCCAGCCUCUAUUUCUUCUGCCAUUGAUUCUACUCAAACUCCUGCUACUCCAGCCUCUAUUUCUUCUGCCAUUGAUUCUACUCAAACUCCUGCUACUCCAGCCUCUAUUUCCUCUAAUAUCGGUUCUUCUGGCCCUAAUAGAAUUUUUACUACUGCUGAUUCUUUGAAUAUUUUUAAAUGUUUUGCUACUUCAGGUUCUAUUUCUUCUGCCAUUGAUUCUACUCAAACUCUUGCUACUCCAGCCUCUAUUUCCUUUGCCAUUGAUUCUACUCAAACUCUUGCUACUCCAGCCUCUAUUUCUUCUGCCAUUGAUUCUACUCAAACUCCUGCUACUCCAGCUUCUAUUUCUUCUGUCAUUGAUUCUACUCAAACGCCUGCUACUCCAGCUUCUAUUUCCUCUGCCAUUGAUUCUACUCAAACUCUUGCUACUCCAGCUUCUAUUUCCUCUAAUAUCGGUUCUUCUGGCCCUAAUAGAAUUUUUACUACUGCUGAUUCUUUGAAUAUUUUUAAAUGUUUUGCUACUUCAGGUUCUAUUUCUUCUGCCAUUGAUUCUACUCAAACUCUUGCUACUCCAGCCUCUAUUUCCUUUGCCAUUGAUUCUACUCAAACUCUUGCUACUCCAGCCUCUAUUUCUUCUGCCAUUGAUUCUACUCAAACUCCUGCUACUCCAGCCUCUAUUUCUUCUGCCAUUGAUUCUACUCAAACUCCUGCUACUCCAACCUCUAUUUCUUCUAAUAUUAAUAUUAUGAUUAAAAAAGAAAAAAAUGUCAAGAAAUUUCCAAAUGAAGAUAUUAUACAACAUGCAAAAUCUAGCACCGAGUCACUGUCUACCACAGAGCCUAAAGUGAUCGAUUUGACGCUUGAUAUGGAUGUCAAAAAAGUUCCUUCGUCAACUCUAAAUAUGUCACCCUUUUUGCAGCAGCCGUUUGAAAAAGCUGUUUUGAUUGAAAUGCCCACGGGUACCCCUUUCCUUUCUGAGCUUACCCAAUUGGACAUGGUAGAUGUUGUUAGUGAUAAACUUACAAAUUUCAGCAUUUUGUGGGUUUUUGCAGCUUUCUUCUCCGCUAUGUCUAAUCACGGAAACACUACAGGAGUCAAUGAAGGACCCUCAUCCUUCGAGUCAGCCAGCACUGGAAGUUCUGUUGCCCACUCAACAUCUGAGACCCAUUCAAAGAACAACGCCAGCUCUUAUGAGACAUUCGCCGAUCUCCCUGUUCAUCGUCAAAUUGAUCUCGCUGACCGUUCUGGAUUUACCGUUAGACAAUUAACCAUUGCCAACAUACCAGUUUUCCUCCCCCAUCUCAAAAAUCACUCCCUUUUAUACUUUUUCCCUUCUUUUUCUUAUACAAAUAACAAUGAUUUUGAGAAAUAUCUUAGAACUACGUUUGAGCGAUCUUCAUGGUUCCAGUCCUUUCAAGCCGGAAACGUUGAUCAAGAGUUUGGUUUAUUUCUACCUAUUAAUUACAUGAAUCACUGGUCUCUUGUUUUUGUUUAUUGUCGUCCAAUUAGUGACAGCUUUCAAGUUUUUGUCAGUGAUUCCUUAAAUUCAUCUAAGGAAUCAUUUUUUGAAAAUGCUUCUCAAAAGAGUCAACAUUUUGAUUUAGAAGUUUUUCUAUCUAAUCUUAAUUUGCUUCGACAAAACCUUUACACUUCUAGCUGUUUUACUACUGAUACUACACCACUCUCAAAGCCUUUAUCAAUUGAGGAUCUAACGUUUAAAACGCUGCACAUUCAAAAUGAUGAUAGAAGCUGCGGAGUACAAUUGGCUUUAAACGCGACAUGCAUAUGUGGGGCUUAUUUAUCAUCUGAUGGUAUUCUAAAUUGGCUACAAAGUGAACAGUCAUUACCACAGUACUUUGGUGAAAGUUUAUUAGUACUUCGAACUCUUAUUGGAAAAGAAGUAUCCGAAAAUCCUUCUUAA